UUCCCCGCUCUUCUUCUGAACCGUUCUCUUUUCUCUUCCUCACUUCACCGCACCUUCGCUUUGCGGCAUAUAUCAAUUGGUUCAUUUUCCUGCUUCAUUCACCCUGGAAAUUAAAAAAAAAAAAUCAUCUUUUACGGUUAUUCGAGUAAGAUCCACGAGGCUUCUUAUUGUUUUUCUAGGAAGAAAGUUAAGAUCUUAACUUGAGAAGUCUGAAUUACUUGGAUUCAUGGAGGAGAAGCCGUUUCAAGCAUGGUCGUGGCCGGUUGAGCAAUGCUUGAAGGAGUACGGUGUCAAGUUAGAGAAGGGUUUGAGUUUCUAUGAAGUUGAGAAGAGGCGCGAGAGAUAUGGGUGGAAUGAGCUCAGGAAAGAGAAGGGAAAGCCAUCAUGGCAGCUCAUCUUGGAACAAUUUGAUGAUGUUCUUGUGAAGAUUCUCCUAGUUGCAGCAUUUAUCUCUUUUGUUUUAGCAUAUCUGCAAGGAAGUGAAUCUGGACAUUCAGGUUUUGAGGUGUAUGUGGAACCCGUAGUGAUCAUCAUGAUUCUUAUUCUAAAUGCUGUUGUUGGAGUUUGGCAAGAGAGCAAUGCCGAGAAAGCUCUUGAAGCUCUCAAAGAGAUGCAAUGUGAACAUGCUAAGGUUCUUCGAGAUGGCUAUUUUGUACCAGACUUGCCUGCAAGGGAGCUGGUACCUGGUGACAUUGUGGAAUUAAGAGUUGGUGAUAAGGUCCCCGCUGACAUGAGAAUUGCAGCUCUGAAAACUUCUACCUUAAGAAUUGAACAAAGCUCAUUGACUGGAGAGAGCAUGCCAGUGAUAAAAACUACAAGCCCUGUGCUUAUUGAUGACUGUGAGCUGCAAGCAAAAGAGUGUAUGGUGUUUUCAGGAACUACUGUUGUCAAUGGCAGUUGCUUAUGUGUUGUUACCAGUGUAGGAAUGAACACCGAAAUCGGAAUGAUUCAGACUCAAAUACACGAAGCGUCGCUGGAGGAACACGACACUCCUCUGAAGAAGAAGCUUGAUGAAUUUGGAGAAAGGUUGACCUUUGCAAUUGGUGUGGUUUGUCUUGUAGUAUGGGCCAUCAACUACAGAAAUUUCAUUACAUGGGAUGCUUCCAAUGCUUCCAUAUGGGAUUUCCACUUUUCAUUUGAAAAAUGCACUUACUACUUCAAAAUAGCAGUUGCACUGGCCGUGGCAGCCAUUCCUGAGGGCCUUCCUGCUGUGAUAACUACUUGUUUAGCUCUGGGUACAAGAAAGAUGGCACAGAAGAAUGCAAUAGUAAGAAAGCUUCCAAGUGUAGAGACCUUAGGAUGUACAACUGUAAUAUGCUCGGAUAAGACAGGAACUCUUACAACUAAUCAGAUGUCAGUGAAUGAGUUUUUUACUCUAGGAGGGAGUUCAAUGUCUUGUCAGGUUUUUCAUGUUGAAGGUUCAACUUACAAUCCAAAGGAUGGAGGAAUUGGUAAGUGGAGCUAUGGAAAUAUGGAGGCAAACAUGCAAAUAUUAGCAGAGAUAUGUGCAAUCUGCAAUGAUGCAGGGGUUUAUUGCAAGGAUUACUUGUUCCGAGCUACAGGAUUGCCUACUGAGGCAGCUCUCAAGGUGUUGGUUGAGAAGAUGGGAAUCCCUGUUACAAAGACCAGAAGAAGGUUUUAUGAUUCAAAGUUUGCUACUGAACAUUCCAUUGGUCAUAACACCGUCAAGCUAGGAUGCUGUGACUGGUGGAUAAAGAGAUCAAAAAGGAUUGCCACAUUGGAGUUUGACAGAGUUCGUAAAUCUAUGAGUGUAAUCGUCAGUGAGCCAACUGGAGCUAAUCGUCUUCUUGUCAAGGGUGCUGUUGAAUGUGUUCUGGAAAGAAGUACUCAUGUGCAGCUCUCAGAUGAUUCAGUUGUGCCAGUGGACGAACAAUGCAGGCAAUUGAUACUUCUUAAAGUUCAUGAGAUGAGUUCAAAGGGCUUACGCUGCUUAGGUUUUGCAUACAAAGAUGAUCUAGGAGAGUUUUCCGAUUACUUCACAGACACUCAUCCUGCACAUAAGAAGCUCCUUGAUCCAAACAACUACUCUGAAAUCGAAAGCAAUUUAAUCUUCGCUGGAGUUGUUGGUCUUAGAGAUCCUCCUCGUGCUGAAGUUUAUAAAGCAAUUGAAGAUUGUAGAGGAGCAGGGAUUAAGGUGAUUGUCAUAACUGGAGAUAACAAGUCUACUGCAGAAGCAAUCUGUCAGGAAAUUGGAUUGUUUCCUAACCUGCAAAGUGUCAAGUGGAGAAGUUUCACUGGCAAAGAAUUUAUUAGCCUUCAUAUUAGUCAGAAAGUUGAAAUUCUGUCAAACCCUGGAGGCUUAGUUUUCUCUCGCGCCGAGCCCAGGCACAAACAAGAAAUUGUGAGGCUCCUGCAGGAAAUGGGUGAGGUUGUUGCCAUGACAGGAGAUGGUGUUAACGAUGCACCUGCCCUCAAACUUGCUGACAUUGGAAUUUCUAUGGGUAUUACUGGAACUGAGGUUGCGAAGGAGGCUUCUGAUAUGGUUCUCGCAGAUGACAAUUUUAGCACAAUUGUUGCUGCUGUUGCAGAAGGACGUGCAAUAUACAAUAAUAUGAAAUCUUUUAUUAGGUACAUGAUAUCAUCUAAUGUAGGUGAAGUGAUCUCCAUCUUUCUGACUGCUGCUCUUGGUAUACCAGAGUGCUUGAUACCAGUCCAGCUACUAUGGGUCAAUUUGGUUACUGAUGGCCCUCCUGCCACUGCCCUUGGCUUCAAUCCUGCUGAUGUUGAUAUCAUGCAAAAACCUCCUCGUAAGAGUGAUGAUGCUCUUAUUAGUUCUUGGGUCCUUUUCCGCUACAUGGUGAUUGGUUCUUAUGUAGGCUUGGCUACCGUUGGCAUUUUCAUUUUAUGGUACACACAGCCCUCCUUUAUAGGCAUCGAUCUCACAAGUGAUGGCCACACCCUGGUUUCACUUGCUGAGCUCAGAUCAUGGAGUGAAUGCCAUACAUGGACAGAUUUCUCUCCAGAUCCAUUCUUGGCUGGAAGCAAUGUCAUCUCUUUUUCAAACCCCUGUGAAUACUUCACAAUAGGAAAGAUCAAGGCUGCUACGCUUUCGCUCUCCGUUCUCGUUGCAAUUGAGAUGUUCAAUUCUCUGAACGCAUUGUCAGAGGAAAAUAGUUUGCUUAGGAUGCCUCCAUGGAGAAAUCCUUGGCUUCUUGUUGCAAUGGUGGUUUCACUAAGCCUUCAUGCUUUCAUUCUAUAUGUUCCCUUUUUUGCAAGAGUGUUUGGUGUUGUUCCUCUUAAUCUGAAGGAGUGGCUUCUGGUUAUAUUGCUAUCUUUCCCUGUGGUGCUCAUUGAUGAAGUUCUCAAGUUUGUUGGAAGGAGCUUAUGGUCAGUAGAUCACCACAAGCGGAAGCCAGAGUAGAAGCUUUUGGUCGUAGAUAUUUAAAGUGUUAAAUUGCAUUUGUAUGUUUACUAUAUACAGAUUUGUUUUGAAGUUGUGGUGAUUGUGUUGAAUUUGCAGCCAUCGUUGAAAAAUGUUACAGGAAUGGUGUUGCUGCACUAAAGAAGAAUAUCGAUAGCAAUUAUAGUGAAAACAGUCAAAGUGUUUACUCUUAUAUUGAACUUCUUA